AUGUUGUCCACCCUGAGAGUCGCCAGCCAAAAGGCUGCGACUCGUGAUGUUGCCCUGCGGAUGUUCGCUGCUGGUGCUCGUCCAGCUUCCACCUGGUCCAAUGUGCCCCAGGGCCCUCCGGAUGCGAUUUUGGGCAUCACGGAGGCCUUCAAAGCGGACACAUUCAAGGACAAGAUCAACCUCGGCGUCGGGGCCUACCGCGAUGAUCAGGGGAAGCCAUACGUCCUCCCUUCCGUCCGCGCCGCCGAAGAAAAAGUGAUCAAUUCGAACCCUGACAAGGAGUACGCUGGCAUCACUGGUGUGCCCUCCUUCACCAAAGCCGCCGCCUCUCUCGCAUUUGGGCCCUCUAGUCCCGCCGUCAAAGAAGACCGUAUCGCCAUCACCCAAACCAUUUCCGGCACCGGCGCUCUACGGAUAGGCGGGGCCUUCCUCGAACGUUUCUACCCGCACGGCAAAAAGAUCUACAUCCCCACCCCCAGCUGGGCGAACCAUGCCACCGUCUUCAAGGACUCCGGUCUGCAGGUCGAGAAGUAUCGCUAUUACAACCAGGACACCAUCGGCCUCGACUUCCAGGGCAUGAUUGCCGAUAUCCAAGCUGCGCCUGCCAACAGUGUCUUCUUGCUGCACGCCUGCGCACAUAACCCCACGGGCAUUGACCCGACCCAGGCGCAGUGGCGCCAGAUUAGCGAUGUGAUGAAGGCCAAGGGGCACUUUGCUUUUUUCGAUAUGGCCUACCAGGGCUUUGCGAGUGGGGAUACAGACCGCGAUGCGUAUGCGCUCCGUCAUUUCCUGGCUGAGGGGCAUGGAGCUGUGCUUUGCCAGAGCUUUGCGAAGAAUAUGGGACUAUACGGCGAACGAGUCGGCACAUUCUCCGUCGUCUGCGAGUCUGCUGAAGAGAAGAAGCGCGUUGAUUCCCAGAUCAAGAUCCUCGUCCGUCCCCUGUACUCCAAUCCACCCAUCCAUGGCGCCCGCAUUGCCUCGACGAUCCUCAAUGAUCCUAAGCUCAACCAGCAGUGGCUUGGAGAAGUGAAGGGUAUGGCUGAUCGCAUUAUCAAAAUGCGCGCACUCCUCAAGGAGAACCUCGAGGCGCUGGGCAGCAAACAUGAUUGGAGCCAUAUUACUAGCCAGAUCGGAAUGUUCGCAUAUACAGGCUUGAAACCCGAGCAGAUGGAAAAGCUUGCUAAGGAGCACUCCGUCUAUGCCACCAAGGACGGCCGAAUCUCGGUUGCUGGCAUCACCAGCGCCAAUGUCAAGAGAUUGGCCGAGUCUAUCUACAAGGUCACCGGAUAG